AUGACCUCUCAGACUUCAGCUCCAGGGAGACGGCAAAGAGCUCGGGAGCCGGCUGUAAGGCGCUGGGGUUUGGAGGCUGAGAAAGGGCCCGUGACCGCGGCCCGCACCGUGGCCGCUGGCCGCCAUCUUCGCCGCUCCGCCCGCUGCGUGUCCCCACGGCCGCACCCUCUCUCCCCUGCGCCCCCCGGUGAUUUCUUUGCCCGGGUAACUCCAGGCUGGGACGUGAGGUCCAGCGAGCGACCCGUUCCGCGGUGUUACAUCCGCCUCCCCUUCGCCUUUCACCCCAAGCGCACCCCGCGCUCCGUUGCGGCGGGGGCUGGCGGCGGCGCAACGCCGCCAUCUCGCGGCUGGGAGUGCGGAGCCGCACCGCCGGCGGCAAAAUGGCGCCCGCGGCAGCUCGGACCGACGGUCACAGCAAAGACCCAUGAAUCAGUAAAUGACUGGAACUCCAAUGUCAGGCAUUGCUGUACAAUGCCUAGAAGCCUCAGCAGUGGGGAACUUCCACCUGCAGGACUCAUGUCACGUUCACUUUCUGUUCUCACCUUUGGCUCGCGUAAAUGUAGCACCUCUGGGCCCAAAGUACAGCCAAGACAAACACUUCGCUCCAGAUGUAAGCUGCCCUGAUUAUAACUCCUGCACACUGUUAAUGGGCUUCAGUAAGCUUGGAAACCAGCAUAAACCACAGACUUCUCUGAACUUUCUAACUUUGCAUUUUUACAGUGUGUUAUGCUUCUGGCAGGAAAUCUGGAUAAGCUGCCAAAUUUGUAGAAAAUUCAAUAUCCCACUAUAAAAAGGAGUUUAUCGUUUGCAUGUAUAUCUAAGUGCACCUUCCUGUUGCUAAGUUAACAUGAUGAAAAGAAUCCCCCAUCUGAGACUCAACUAUCCAGCUGCACAGUUUAGUGAAAUGACUUUCAAUAAACAGUGCAAGCAUGAGGGAGCCAUUCCUGUCAGGACUGCAGAUCCAGAGUAUCCCCCAGGAUGUUCUGAAGGACCUCAGCAUGUCCUGUCUAGAACUGAACUUCUGUUUAGUUUAUCCCUUUAAAUAGUCACAGGACCAUUAUUAAAACUAGGAUAGGACAUGUAAUUUGCUUUCACAGUAUGAACCAGGAAGAUACAAGCCUGAUCUUAACAAAGCCAGAUCCUUAGUAGUUCUUAUAUCACAACCAUAGCAAUAACUAAAGGACAAACAUCAGAUUUCUUUUUUGUCUCCCCAAAUACGUGUUUUGAUUUGAAGAAGCAUAACAUUUGCAUGUGCAUUUUUAAACCAUACAUGUGGCUCAGUUUCACAGAACAAUGCAGCUUCUUAUACUAGGUAAUGUAUUUAUGUUACAGUACGACUAGAACUAUAGGGUUAUUAAAGAUUAGCUUUACAAAUAUGCUGUCCUCAUUCGUAUCCCAUGACGAUAUGCUAAACAAUCUCCAUUAUGUAGUUUACAUACAUGCCAAACUACUGUUUAAGUAUACUCUAUAGUUAAAUGAUCUUACUAUUCCAUGAGCAGGACCUGUGUGAUCUUCCUUACAUUAAAAGAAACCAUUUUAUACCUAUUUCACUUUUAUAUCCAAACAAAUUUGCACAUUUGCAGAAACUAAAAUAAGUUUUAGUGAGCCUUCUCACAAGUAUUCUUGAUUUCUGUUUGUUAGCCAGAAAGCCUUUAUCUGAAGUGUCUUGCUAAGGAGACUUGAUGCCACAUGCUCCAGGAGGUUCACUCACAUGUGUGUGAAGCACACACUUCUACAAAGCUGCCAUAUCUCGCUGCACAGGCUUUGUGGCUGCCCCAGCUAUGGGUGGUUUUAGCCUGGGUGACUUCAAGAGUUCCCACCAACUGUUCAGUGUCUCAGGCCUUGCUGAAGCACGUCUGACUGAAGACCAGAUCCACGAUGGCUGUUACCUGUGGCUGCAUGAUGGUUGUGUCACCUACCAUCCUGUAGCCUGCACGCUGCUUACAAGGGGUCACAAUGACAGCACAUUUGGUUCUGUCACAGUCCCUUUUUAUGUGUCUCAGGCUCCCCAUAGAGCAUGGCACAUUGAGCAAUCAGCUGAGCAAAUUAGGCCCAGGAGCGCAGUAGCACAUAGUUCAGAUAAAGACAGCAAGCUGCUGGGAAAGCUGUGUGUGUGACCUUACACAGCACUUGGCUUUUCAUGGCUGGCUGAGAGCAGCGAUACUCCCACAAGGACAGCUGUGCGCUCACUUCUGGGGGGGUGGUGCCAGGCCACCGGAAUCCUGCCGCUGGAACUAAUGAACUCACUCAGGAACCUCUGAGUUACGUUGAACAUCUUGCAAAAUGCGUUAAUUCCCAGACGCACUGGUAGGGAUGUCCAGCUGGUCUGGAUACACACGACUUCACAGUACACAGACUACACAGCCAAAGGUUAAUAAAGCUAAGGUACAAACUUGGAAA